AAAAAGAAUAAUUAUUUCAUCUCAAUAUAUAUUGGAUUUGGGGGAACGCUUCCAUUAAAUUAGGGUUUUCAUUCUUCUGUACUUUGUAAUCUAUCUAUCUGUUACCGCUUCUUCAGCUCACAGAAAGAGACAAUGGAAGCAAUCACAGAAGGAGUGAACAACAUCAACAUCUCCGAAUCCCACAAGAAGAAUCGCAUUCAGGUCUCCAACACCAAAAAACCCCUUUUCUUCUACGUUAAUCUCGCCAAGAGGUAUAUGCAACAGCACAAUGAGGUUGAGCUUUCUGCUCUAGGAAUGGCUAUUGCCACGGUGGUAACCGUUGCUGAAAUAUUGAAAAAUAAUGGGCUUGCUGUUGAAAGGAAAAUCAUGACAUCAACUGUCGACAUAAAGGAUGAUUCGAGAGGGAGACCUGUCCAAAAGGCCAAGAUUGAAAUAUUACUUGGGAAGACUGCAAACUUUGACGAGCUGAUGGCUGCUGCGGCUGCCGAAGGUGGCGAAAAUGGAGACGUCGAAGAAAACAAUGCAUAAGGGUUAUGGAAAUUACUCGUGAUUCGGGUGAUGACAUUUUGUACUCUUUAAAGAAUUUCAUUUUUGUUGUUAGUUGGUAGAAGACAAGCAUAGAAUUCAUUAUAUAUAAUGUGACUUGCAAUUUUAAACUCUUAAAUUCCUUCAUUUCUUUUAUCCAUAUAAAAAGAGUGCCCAGUGUUUUCUUUCUUGGUGGGACUGGUGGGACUAAUAUAUGGAGAUGAUGCAUUGGCCAUUUGAUUAUUUUGGGAAACACAUUCAUAUCUAUGCUUUUAUGCUCUGGUUGAGAAGCUUGUUGAGAAAUUAGAGUUUUGAAGUCCAGAUUUAUUUUGUAUUCGAGUAUUAGUUUUUUAAUGUAUAAACAAAAAUUAUAGCAAAAGUUAUUUUGAAAUGGAUAGAGUAUAUUUUUCAA